AUGAACCUUAGCGGCGCUGAAAUUGUCUGCGAGAGUCUCCUCAAGGAAGGGGUGGAUUUAGUUUUCGGGCUGCCUGGCGGUGCGGUUUUGCCCCUGUAUGGCGCCAUGGCCAAGUACCCGGAACUGAGGCAUGUUCUGGUGCGGCACGAGCAGGCGGCGGCGAUGGCUGCCGACGGGUACGCGCGGGCAACCGGCCGCGUGGGCGUAUGCUCCGCCACCAGCGGUCCCGGAGCGACGAACCUGGUGACCGGCAUCGCCACCGCCCAGAUGGACUCGGUGCCCAUAGUCGCCAUCACGGGGCAGGUGCCCCGCGGCGCCAUCGGCCGCGACGCGUUCCAAGAGACGGACGUCACCGGCAUCACGCUGCCCAUCACCAAGCACAACUUCCUGGUCAUGGAGGUGGAGGACGUAGCCCCCGCCAUUAAGGAGGCCUUCCACAUUGCCCGCACUGGCCGCCCUGGACCGGUACUGGUGGACAUUCCCAAGGACGUGCUGCAGGACCUGCGGACCGAGUUCAUCUGGCCUGAAAUGCCCAAUCUCCCGGGUUAUCAUCCCCCCGGCGAAGCCCCAAUGAAUCAGGUGGCCCACGCCGCCCAGCUCAUCAACCAAGCCCAGCGGCCGGUAAUCAUGGCCGGACACGGCUUGCUGAUCUCGCAGGCCUACCACGAGUUGAUUGAACUGGCCGAGAAAGCUCAGAUUCCGGUCAUUACCACGCUUUUGGGCAUCACUUCCAUUCCCACGGAACACGUGCUGAACAUGGGCAUGCCCGGCAUGCAUGGGAUGGCCUACAACAAUCUGGCCAUCGACCAGGCAGACCUGCUUAUCGGCCUGGGGAUGCGAUUCGACGACCGCGUUACAGGCAGGCUCCGCGAUUUUGCACCCAACGCCAAGGUCAUUCACAUCGACGUGGAUGCGUCCGAGUUGGACAAGAACGUCAAGGCAACGGUCCCGGUGGUCGGCGACCUGAAAAUGGUGCUGAAACAGUUGAUGCCUCUGGUCGAGCCCAACGUGCACAUCAACUGGCACCGUCGGCUGGAUGAGCUGAAGGCGGAGCACCCCUCGCUGUUCAUCCGAGAGUCUGAGGAACUGUUGCCGCAGUACGUCCUCAACCGCCUGUCAGAGUUGUCCGGCGGCGACUGCAUCGUGGUAACCGGUGUCGGCCAGCACCAGAUGUGGGCGGCGCAGCACUGCAGGUUCAAGGAACCCAACACGCUCAUCACCUCCGGCGGGCUGGGCUCGAUGGGUUACGAGGUGCCCGCAGCGCUGGGAGCCCGCAUGGGCCGUCCUGACAAGACCGUGUGGUCGGUAGCAGGGACGGCGGGUUCCAGAUGA